UCAACUGUUCAGAACUUUAGAUUUAUCCAAUUAUCUUUCUAUAGAAUAAUACAAUUUUCUGGAUUGAGAUUAUGUACGGUCUCCUGAAAAUUUUAGAUGAACUUUAUAAAACAUAUAUUUGCCUUGUCUAGGAAGGAUAGAGGAGAGGUUGAUCUUGUUUUUGGUUGAUUCAGUGGUAAAUUCUCUCCAAGGUGCACGUGCAUCUCAGCAACUGAAUCAUUCAUCUCAGUUGAUAAAAGAAAAACUUCACUGUAACAAAGAUGUACAAAAGGUCUAAUGAAGAAAAGGAUGUAAGUAGUAAGAAGGUUAGAAAUUGUGAUACAGCAGAAAGCAAUAUUCAAAGCGCGAUUGUCGAUGGCGAGGACACAUCUGAGAUUCCAUCAUUCCCAUUAGGAAAUUUGAGUACUAGUUGGUGCUCACUGGUUUGUAAACCGGCUGCUAUUAAGACAGCCAACAGAUACUUCUUGCUUCAAAAAGUAACUCAGUCCUGGCCUUCCCCUGCCUUGUGUUUUGUGGAGACAGUGCCUCAAGAUGCACAAAGUUCUCAUGUUACAGCUUUUAAUUCAGGUGAUGGAUCCUCAAAGUCGGACAACGAACGGGAUGUUCAUAUUUCAAUGCGGUUAAUGGAGGACUUUCUUGAUCUUGCUAAAGAAAAUACAGAAAAGGAUUUGGAAACUUGUGGUAUACUUGGUGCCUAUCUUGAGAAGGGAACCCUCUAUUUGACUACCCUGAUCAUACCAAAGCAGGAAUCAGCUUCCAAUUCUUGUCAAGCUACAAAUGAGGAGGAAGUUUUUAAAAUUCUAAAUGAAAGAUCCCUUUAUCCUGUGGGAUGGAUCCAUACACAUCCUUCUCAAAGUUGUUUCAUGUCAUCGGUGGAUCUGCACACUCAAUAUUCCUACCAGGUGAUGAUUCCUGAGGCAUUUGCCAUUGUCUUGGCACCAAAUGAUACCUCAAGGAGCUGUGGAUUAUUUCGUCUGACCAAACCUGAAGGAAUGAAUAUUCUAAAAAAUUGCCAGGAGACAGGAUUUCACCCACACAAAGAACCAGACAAUGGCAGCCCCGUAUAUGAGCACUGCUCCAAUGUGUACAAAAACUCCAAUCUAAGGUUUGAAAUCUUUGAUUUACGCCAAAAAUGACUUUGAUGGCAACACACUGUAUCAUAUGACAGAUAGAAGCAUAGUUACAAAGGAAUGUCCCAGUUACACCUGAAAGAAAAAAGCUGAAUACUGAAUACAACAGUUGUAAUGUUUGGUUUAAUGUAAUAAGGUAGGUUUAGUAAGUUGGAUACCAACUAACUAUCCACGCUAAAUUCAAAGCUUUAGGAAAUAAAUUUAAUGAGGAUUACUUUGCUUUCUAGCUCCAUGCCUCAGAAUUUAUUCAUCUAAGUUCACCUUGAAUUCCAAAAGGUUGAAGUUGCUGUAACAAGUCAUCACAUGCUUGAAACUUAGAAAUUGAUGCAACAGACUAUCUAAUUGUUCACGUGUGUAAUGUUUUGGCUACAUGAAUCUUGUAUAUUUGAAUUAAUGGAAUGAUGUUAGGUUGGAUUU